AAAUGAGAGGGAACAGGUAUGCCAAUCAGACGGACGAAACAGAGUCGCGUCAGGUUAAAGCUACACCGAAUACAUUUAGGGCCGAUCCCUCUCUUCACUGCAUAUAUAUAUUCAUCGUAACUCGCGUUCUCUUCCUUCUUCGUUCUGCACACAGAUUCAACCAGAGACGCAGCAAUGGCUUUGCCGAAUCAGCAGACCGUUGAUUAUCCGAGCUUCAAGCUCGUGAUUGUUGGUGAUGGAGGGACAGGGAAAACAACUUUUGUGAAGAGGCAUAUCACUGGAGAAUUUGAGAAGAAAUAUGAACCCACCAUUGGUGUGGAGGUUCAUCCAUUGGACUUCUCUACAAAUUGCGGGAAAAUUCGCUUUUAUUGUUGGGACACUGCUGGACAAGAGAAGUUUGGUGGUCUUAGAGAUGGUUAUUACAUUCAUGGGCAAUGUGCAAUCAUAAUGUUUGAUGUUACUGCCAGAUUAACUUAUAAGAACGUCCCGACAUGGCACCGAGAUCUUUGCCGGGUGUGUGAAAAUAUACCCAUUGUUCUUUGUGGAAACAAGGUUGAUGUGAAGAACAGGCAAGUUAAGGCAAAGCAGGUUACAUUCCACAGGAAGAAAAAUCUGCAGUACUAUGAGAUAUCUGCUAAAAGCAACUACAACUUCGAGAAACCUUUCUUGUACCUUGCUAGGAAGCUUGCAGGGGACCCUAAUCUCCACUUUGUGGAGUCGAUUGCUCUUGCUCCUCCAGAAGUACAGAUUGACUUGGCUGCCCAACAACAGCAUGAAGCUGAGCUUCUUCAAGCUGCUAAUCAGCCUCUUCCUGAUGACGACGAAGAUCCUUUUGAAUAGACAGAUUGAUCUGAUUGGGAAGAAGGCUGUCAUGUGACAUCCUCUCCUACCGCAUCGCCGUUGCCAUCCCUUCACAUGCUUCCUUUUUUACUUUUUGGUGUUUUUUUGGUGCACCAUUCUGGUUUCAAUUUUCCAAACAACAUAUAGAAGUUCUAAUUAUCAUCAUCAUUAGCAGCAGCAGCAGCAGAUGAGGUGGGUUAGUGAUGUUUGUGGUGGGAAUAUGGACCAUAUGCUAGUGUAGGAUCAUACUCUCUAUUAUGGCCGUGUGCUUGUUAAUGGCAGAGUUCUUUUAUUAAUUGGUUGAUUACUGUUAAAA